AAAAAAUGCCGCCGCAACCCGGAGUUGUGCUUGAUCUGGAUAGAAAGGAAGAAUUGAUUAUAGCAAAGCAGUUGCGAGCCUGUAGAGUUAAUAUCAAACCAAGAAUUGGAUCUGAUACUGAUUCUAAAUCCCCAUCUCCUUAUCCGCCUUCCCCUGCUACACCUUCCUCUCCCCGUCCCUCUGAUACAUUCUGCAAUAAUGUUUUUAGACCAGUUCAUCAGUUUCAAGAGGAACCUGAUCCUACGGAUUGGACUGAGCUACGAAUCCAUGAUCCGUAUAAUCCUCCCUGGACCUCUAGUCACACCAGCAGACCAGGACCAGGAGCUGCUGAGAGAAAAAUGUCAAGUGGGCAAAAUCCUAGUAUGGUCACGCAGGUGCCUGAUAUCAGGAGCAGAGUGAAAACUGGACCUUUUAUCAAUAUAUCCGAUUAUGAUUUGGAAAAUAAAAAACAAAGUACUUCUGAAUUAUCAUCCAAUCCCUAUUACCAAAACAAUACCGCUAGAAUACAUCAAAAUCCAGAAUAUACUGAAUUCCAAAAUCAGUAUGAGUCUCAUUUUAAUCGAGCCAACCAAGGGUCCAAGGAAAUUCCACGAUCUGGAGCCCAAAGUGAAGUAAGGAACCAACCUUUAGUUGUUCCAUUACCUUUCCUGGCAGAACUUAGAUCAAGAAGAAAAUCUGAAACGCCUGAUUCAAGGGCUAAAACAGCUUCCGAAAAAAUCCAACAAAAUUUUGAGCAAAGAGAAAAACUACACAAUAAUCCUCAUUUGGAAGAAAUACCUAUGAAACGCUCGACUCUACAAAACCAUUUAAAUGAUACUAACGCAAUCAGGUCUACAACUGCUGUGAAUACUUUAAAUACUAGAAUCCAGCAGACAAGAUCUCCUAGUCCUAAAGCUGUCACCUUCAGCCUCCCUUAUUCUAGAUCAAAUUUAGAAAUAAACCACCCACCCUCUCAACAUGAACAUGAACCUAAACCCGAACCUGAACAUGAACCCGAACCUGAACCUGAACCUGCACCCGAACCUAUCUCUGAACCUGAACCUGAACCUGAACCAACGAAACCUCUGAAAACCAAGAAGAGUUCUAAAAGUUUGCUAAAGAUUACUGAAAAAACGAGUAUGUCAAGUUUUGCCAACCAUCUUAUUCCGCAACUAAACGAUAUGCAGAAGAAUUUCUUAGGCCUACUGUUGUUCAACGAACUAUCCCAGAAUAUAGUUGAUGAGAUGGUUGCCCAGCAGCUAUCCAUGAUGUCAGGGACCAAGAUCAGGGAACUAAUGGGUGUCAUCGACCCUCAGGCACGUGAGAGUGCUAGACGAGGGUUGAUGGAAGAUGCUUCACCACGUGACCGUGCAGCGGUUGUAGUUGAAUCCCUGGCUGCUAUGGAUUCAUCAGAGAUUGCUGAAACAGUGAUCAAUAUUUCAGGAUAUCAGAGUGUAGAUGUUGUGAACCAUAUGUGUAAGUUUGGAGGACGAAGGUUUAAACUCCAUCUUAUUGAAACCUUACUUCAAGGAGAAAAUCUGAAGCUUGUAAAAACUGCAAGAAAUACUGAAAAAGAGGAUACACAGCUUGGAUCGGAUGGGUAUGAUGACGUCUUUGAAAGCUGUGAGGAAGGAGUUGACCUACAUGGGUUGCCCUCCAGUUGACCUACACAUGUCAUCCAGUUGACCUACAUGAGAUGUCAUCCAGUAGACCUACAUGGGUUGUCAUCCAGUUGACCUUCAUGGGUUGUCAUCCAGCUGAUCUUCAUGAAAUGUCAUCCAGUUGACCUACACAUGUCAUCCAAUUGACCUACAUGAGAUGUCAUCCAGUUGACCUACAUGAGAUGUCAUCCAGUUGAUCUACAUGGGUUGUCAUCCAUUUAAUCUACAUGGGUUGUCAUCCAGUUGACCUUCAUGAGAUGUCAUCUAGUUGACCUGCAUGGGUUGUCAUCCAGCUGACCUUCAUGAGAUGUCAUCCAGUUGACCUCCAUGAGAUGUCAUCCAGUUGAUCUACAUGGGUUGUCAUCCAGUUGAUCUACAUGGUUUGCCAUCCAGUUGACCGUCAUGAGAUGUCAUCUAGUUGACAUACAUGGGUUGUCAUCCAGUUGACCUUCAUGAGAUGUCAUCUAGUUGACCUACAUGAGAUGUCAUCCAGUUAACCUACAUGAGAUGUCAUGCAGUUGACCUACAUGGGUUGUCAUCCAGUUGACCUACAUGAAAUGUCAUCUAGUUGGCAUGCAUGGGUUGUCAUCCAGUUGACCUUCAUGAGAUGUCAUCCAGUUGACCUACAUGAGUUGUCAUCCAGUUGACCUACAUGAGAUUUUAUCUAGUUUA